AAUACUUGCAUAACAGACUGGUUCCCACCACCCCCUUUGGGCUUCCGUACACGGUGGACAUGUUGUACGUAUCUUUUCCAUGUCAAUUUAUUAGGUUGGCGCGAAACAGUUUGCGUUUUGUUUUUUUCGUUUUUGCGCUACAGGCACGUUUCUUAUCGCUAGUGUCCAAUCCCCUAUUCGAUUGUGCGAUAAGGUGAGUUGUACUGUCCGUGAGGUAUCUUUUGUGAUAUAUUGAUUCUCGUCAAUGGCCAAUUGUAAAAGGGGUUGACAUUUUCGCACUACAUCCAGAUUUAAUUAAAGCAAAAAAUAAUCAUUUUUAAUUUUCUCACACGCCAUCUUACAACUGUAACUGCCUCAGUAAGGUUGAUUUGUUUUUUCAACAUUAACAACGUUGAGCAAAUAGUUCCUUGUGAAAUAGGACCGGCACAUUGUAGCUUAUCGGUUGCUCAACAACGGUACUAUUACUGACGUACCAUAGGAUGCGAUAAGAGCUGAUAUGAUAACCGCGAAGAUGUUGCUGCUACCGCAAUCCGGACAAGUUUUAUCUUUCUCUUAUUCGUAUUCCACUUAUUCGCAACCACUCCACAAACCGGCCACCAAUUAACCUGUUGACGGAACUAUUCCAAACGGAAGGAACUGACCCAGGAAGGAGUGGGACACUUUGUGCGAAACGCAUCGUGAAAGUAACAGCACUAGACGAUUAAGACCGGAUUUGGUUUCCUGUUCCGAUCGAGCGUCAUCAAGCGUCCGGUUCGGUAGCAUCUAAGCAGAUACGAGCAUCUAGUAUCUGCUUUAGGCUUGGCAAGGGAAGGGCAAAUGUACAUAGCAAAAGAGUGUUCUUCGUCUUGUACGUGUAAUGAUUUUUUAUAAGCAUACAAGUAAUAAAAUACGGGUCAACAUACGGUUGUAGCGCAUAACUCAGUAGUGAUCACGAAAUAAAAACAUGUUUGAAAAAUUCCACUUACGAUCAAUGCAUAUCAAUAUCGAACAACUUUAUAUUUUACUGUAGUUAUAUUUAUUUUGUUAAUUUUAUUUUGUUAAAAAAGAUCUUUCAAAUUCAGAAGCUCUUCAUUAUUUUAAAAAAAUGCUUAGAAAAUUCGUAAUAAAUGCUUAGAAAAAAGUCCGAUCGUUGUGUAAGAUACCCACUGUGCGCACCAUUGACAGUUCGAACUCAACUCUGUAGAGGUGUAAACUUGAGCAGCGAAAGGAAAAACGUAAACAAUCAACAGCGAACACAAAUACUGUACAAAAAUAAGUUUACAUUCUACAAAUUAUCAGUCAAAACACUCCACACACUAAUGUUAAGCAGUUUUCACAAAAGUAAAACCUUUAAAGUACUAACAAAAUGAAGUGCGUCGUACCGGGUUGUGAUACAAACGAUAAAGUCGUGAGUUACACAUCCGUGUUUUACGUAAACUUACCCGACGAUCCGAUCGUACAGCAGCAAUGGUUUACUUUGCUAGAGGUAACGGAUGCCGAUCUUAUGGAAGCACUAUCGCACGGGGAGGUCAAAGUGUGCAGCUGCCACUUUGCUGAAGACAGCUUCGUCCACCAUCCUGUGCACGGGUAUCGUUAUUUACCAUCCACGGCAAUGCCUACCAUACUGCCUUCAAGACGAGAGAGUGAAGCGAUUCCGGAUAAGGAUAAUACGUUAGAUUAUUUCUUCGUGUAUGUCGAUGAACCAUCCAGUAUCGAACAGAUGCCAUUAGAUCAAGCGGUGGAGGCAAACGAGCUUACUGCGAUUGACGAUCUUAACUCUGUAGAUAGUACGGGGUUUGCUGCUUCGAAACAUAUUAAAUUGGAAGAAGAUACCGAAAAAGCACUGGAAGAUAACGAUGACGAAGAAGCGAUUGAGGAGAUCGGUAUAGAGUACGCGAAUGGAAAAUAUUAUUUUCUCAAGUUAGACGACGAUCCUCCUGCAUCCGACAACGAGGCACGUUUAUCAGAGGUGGAAACGAAUGAACAUGACGAACAUGAUCCAGCGAAGCCAUCGAAGGAGGAGAAUGUUGAUACGGUAACCGAAAUUGAUGAGGAUGAGGAAGUAAAAGCAGAUGGUGGUACAAUCAAUGAAACCGAUGGUACUGAUGAAGCGUCCAAAGAUAUAAAGGCGAACGACAGUAGCAAGAGUGAAUGUAUAAGCACUUAUAAAAACGAAGUGCGGUUGAAAAAAUCUAGCAGAACAUCUUUGGACGAAGAAAUUGAUUUCAAAGACACUAAUCCGGAUAGUACUGAGAUGUAUGAACUAAUACCACUAGCUGUAGAUGAAUUUAACUCAUGUGAUGAGUCGGACGCUGAGCAGACAGACGGAGAUGUGCAGAAGCAGUACGAAACAUUAAGCGAGGUUGAAUAUGGUUCGAUUGAAGCACUGGAAGAUGUGUCGCUGUGUAGCGAUGGCAACUGGAAGCAGAAGAAGCACAAAAAGAAAGAUAAUUUUUUCUGUGACGAUUGUGGCAGAGGAUUUCAGUUUAAAAGUUUGAAAGAGCGGCACAUUCUAACACACACAAAGGAGAAAAAGUUCAAUUGUGAAGUGUGUGGGAAAGGAUUUGGACAAAAAGUAAAUCUCACCAUUCACAUGCGGAUUCAUACCGGUGAAUCUACUCCGAAGAAGUUCACCUGUCAAAUUUGUCACAAAAAGUGCGCCCGAUUGAGUGAACUGGAAGCGCACCGGGCAUCUCACUUUAGACGAUUUCCACACGUGUGCCCACUCUGUACGGAGCGCUACUCGGUUUCGACCGGUUUCUACGAACACUUCACAACGGAACAUCGAGGUGAAAUGACACUGAGUGAACUGUUUGAGCUGCUUUCACAGAACGAAAAUAGCUUGGUGAUUUCGGGCCAGGAACCGGCGAACAUUAAAAACGACAAUGGAUCAUUCGAGUGUACCGUGUGUGGCAAAUCCUACCGGCUGGAGGUUAGCUUGGAGCGGCACAAACGAAAGAUGCAUAUGAAAAUUUUCUCCUGUCCCCACUGUACGCGCAAGUUCCCGUACAAAAGUCUGCUGGAAAAGCAUCUGCCGUUACACACACUGGAGAAACCAUUCAAGUGUCCGCAUUGUACGCUUUCCUACACGCAGCGUGUCAAUCUAAGGAUACACAUUGAGCGUAAACAUGCGGAAAUACAUUGUAGUAACGAGAACUUGUUGGAUAAUUUUGAAAGCACUGGCAAACAAGUUAAGCGGGAGAAAGCGGUGCGACCGCCACAGAGCCAGCCACAGCCACAGACGUACGAUUGCGAGAAGUGUGGGAAAAGGUUUCCACGGAAACCGUCACUGCUGCUGCACCUUGCGGCACACGGAAAGGAUACGAAGCCGGUGACGUUCGAUUGCGAUGCGUGUGGCAUCUCGAUGUGCGCGCGCGUUUCACUGCUUCGGCAUCAGUGCCGUGUGCACGGUGAGCGGAGAAGUAAGCAGAACGUGCUUGGCAAUUUGAAACUGCGAAAUGUAACGAUUGUACCGGCUAAUGACAAUCAGUACGUGGAGAUCGAAGAUGAAACGGACACUAUUGUGGAAGAUUAUGAAAGCGAAUACUAGGCCAAAAGCAACUAAGCUGAUGCACACAAGUGCCGUGGGAUUAAAUCUUACCCAGACAGAACUCCCGCAGGUAAGGGAGUCACUUCUGCGAGUGCGUGUUGGUGUUUUUUUCCAAAAUAAUGUAGUGAUUGGAAAGCAGGUGGGGUGUAAAUAAGAUCAUUUUUUUUAUCUAGAUAUGUUAAUGAAUAAUAUCAUACGGUAUGAAUCAGUA